CAGUACUUUUGACUGACCCAGCACCGUCGGUUUAACGACGCAGGCCAGUAGGGAAGAUGUCCAAAGUAAGUGUGAGUCCACUACAAGGCAUAUGGGAGUGCUGGGACGUUGAGAACACUAGGAUUGAAAUCCCUACACCUAUAGGUCUUGUACGAAAGGAUACAGAAAAACUACUCUAUCUAAACUACAGUAUCGGAGUCAUUAAGUAUCCCCUUCGGAGGGAAUCGGAAGUACCCUUGUCCAGGUGACAAGGAGUUAGUUCACGACAGACAAGGAGCGGUGUGCUGAGACCUGCAGGAACCACAUCGGUAUCGGGGCGGAUACGGUUGUAGGUGUCACACU